UGCAAAUGAAUAAUUUGCUGCAAAAAAUACAGCAGCAGCAGCAGGAACAGCAGCAAUAUGCUCACUAUAUCCCGCACCCUGUACCACUUGCGGAACAGCAACCGCCGCGCGUUCAAGCGGCAGGAUAUACACCGCACCCAGUACCACACCCGCAGCCGUAUCAGCCACACCAGUCGCAGCUGAACGACUUAUAUGAGCCUGAGGAGCAAAACUCAUACAGAGCAAAACAGACGCUAAUUCGUGAAUACAGGAAGAAAAUGAAACGGCUGCAGCGGGAAACAGCGCCAUAGUCCAGCCGCGGCCGCGGCCGCGGUCACGGG